UUGCUGCCCUGUGUUCCUGUCAGCUGUAAAGGAAGUCGCAGCUCUGUUUUUAUAACCUGAUCGUUUUCAUCGGGACCCUAAACUUCAGAAUUCUCUGCUGAAAUUCGCAGUAUUACGGAUAUGGAUAUAAAUUAUAGACGCAUGGUGUUGUGUUCUGCUUUGGCACUCAUAUUAACUGCACUCGUAAGUGCCAAACCUCCAAUGACAGAUAAGUCCAUCACAUCUCCAACUGCCUUACGAUGUCCAGUACCACAGAGCUUCCCACAUGGCAAGGUGAAAGUGCUGUAUGGCGGAAGAGCUCUGUAUUAUUCAUGCCCUCAGGGCAAGCUAAUUGGCACAAGUCAUCGCUUUUGUGAUGUCCAGACCGGACAGUGGUCCGGACGGCAACCAAUCUGCAAAGUGCCUUCAGUUCCCAAAUGCCUUCAACCCACCAUUCCUAACGGACACGUAAGCUUUCGCCGGGGGCGCCGUAACAGAUUCGUUGCAAAAUACACAUGCAAACGAGGCUACAAGCUUAUAGGAGAAGAAAGAAGAACCUGCAAAAACGGACGAUGGCGCCCUCCCGCAGUACCAUCUUGCAAAAAAGAGAGAUGUUCUAAGGAAUGUAAGCGGCUGACGACUCCUGCGCAUGCCUUAAUGGGGGGCAGUUCAAGGAACGUGGGCUCACUUGUUCGGUUCGUAUGCGUCUCGGGCUACGUGCUGAUUGGCCAAGAGUUUCUGAAGUGCGGAUGCAAUGGACAAUGGGACUCGCGUGUGCCGAAGUGCGUUAAAAAGGAUCCUUUAGCGGACCUCAGACGGGCAGCUGAUGGACUCCGUAUGCACUUUAUCAACAAACUCGAACUUCUGACGACAGAUAGCCGAGUACGUUCCGGACUAUCUUCGGGAGCCGCCGGAUUAGACUUGGUUUUUGUUUUCGACAGCUCGGCAAGUGUCGGCGAGGACAAUUUCCGUAAAGGCAUCCAAUUCGCCCGGACAAUUAUCGAUGAGUUUGGAAUCUCGGCAACGCCUUCCGGUACUCGGGUAGCAGUGAUAGUUUUCAGUGACGCAGCGCAGGUAAUUUUUAACCUGAAGUCCAAUCGGAUUGUGGAUAAAGAAGAGGCCGUUAGGAGACUAGAGAAUCUACAGUUCCAAGGCGGAGGGACGGCUACCAAGUUAGCGCUUCAAGCGGUUAUUGACACGGUAACCCCCGAGCUGCGAAACAACAGCAAGAAAGCGCUCUUCCUUAUCACAGAUGGGAAGUCAAACAAAGGGGGGAGCCCGGACAGACCAGCUAAGGUGUUACGAGCUGGAUUUAACUUUGAGAUCUUCGCAAUUGGAGUAUCCGACAGUGUGGAUAAAGACGAGCUGAAAAGCAUCGCGUCUGAACCAUUCCGUACACACGUGUACCAGAUAAAGGACUACGCGACACUCGUCAAACUGAAGGAGCUGAUCACCACCAAGGGCACAGACUAUGAUGAGUGCGGAGUAGCGGGCGACACACAGCUUCGAGACUCAAGCGACAAAAGGUUCCGUAUCGUUGGUGGCCGUGAGGCCAAGGCGGGGGCCUGGCCCUGGUUAGCUGCUAUUUACGUCAAAGGCUCUUUCCGCUGUGGUGGCGCGUUGAUCGCGAGGGACUGGGUAGUAACUGCCGCACACUGCUUCUACUACGACGGCAAGAUCGUCCCAUCAGAUAUAUUGGUCAGACUAGGUGAACACGACCGAACUCUUGAAGAAGGCAGCGAGCAAAAUGUGCGUGCUAGCAACCUCGUAUUGCACCCCCUGGCUAACAAAAACGGACUGGACUUUGAUGUAGCUUUGAUCCAGCUGAAAGGGGGGGUCAAGCUGACCGCGUAUGUCCGCACAGUGUGUCUUCCUCAGCCUACAGACGCCAUCUUGGUUCGACCCGGCAGUGUCGGGAUCGUGGCAGGGUGGGGGUCAACCCAAAAGGGGGAUGCAUCGGUUCGGAGUGGCCCCCCUUAUCCUGUGUUAAAGCAGGUCCAGCUCCCGUUCGUAUCCCAUCGCGUCUGUCAGGUAAAUCACACGAAUGCCAUCACCAAACGAAUGAGAUGUGCUGGUGACGUCAUGGGCGAGAGAGACGCCUGCAAGGGGGACAGCGGUUCGCCUAUAGUGGUCAAAAGGACCGAUGGUAGCUGGUCAGCGGUAGGCUUGUCAAGCUGGGGGGAGGGGUGCGCGCAAAAAGGCAAAUUCGGAGUAUACGCUGACCUACUGAGCGCGGAGUACGACUUAUGGAUAACACGAACCGCAGGGCUGGUGAGGCCUGGUUCCUAGUACGAGAGAACUGGGUCUUGGCAAAGUGGACUAGGUUCUAUUGAGAAUGGACUGGGCCCUAGCAAGAGUAGUCUGUUAAGUUCUAGCCCUCUUAUAAGAGGACUAAGGGACUUGGUCCUAAAUUGGCUUGGGUCCUGCAAGGGUGUGGACUAAGAGGCCUGGGUCUAGGAGGGCCCAGAGGCCUGGGUCCUAGUUUAUAUAACUGUAUACACUAUAAAUUUAGCACCUUACAUGAGCAAGAAGAAGCUUGAAGUCUUGGCAUCCAUGACUACUUAGAAUUGCCUUAAAAAAUGAAACCAGUGAUCGAAGUGCGUGGUUUCCUGAUAUCUAAAUUUGCUGUCCAUUUUAAAGAAGAUUGUACUCAAGGUCAUUAUUUACUUGUUUGUUUAAAGCUUAGCUUAACAAGCAGAGUAGAACUCAUAACACACAUAAACGGGGCAGGUUGGGUGAUAAGUGUUUUGUCCGUUUUAUACGAAAUCCUUGGUAACUCGAGGUGAUUUUAGACGAGUAAAGGCCUAAAGAUAAUGCCCUGUAUUUACGAGUAUCCUUCCAAUGAGCAUCCCGUUUAGGCGAAUUCUACAAAGUAUUUCCUCUACAUAACCCAGCACUUGCGGUACAUCUAUUCGUGAAGUGAAACCGCGAAUAAUGGGGAUUUGUAUUGAAUGUUUGUUCCGACCAAUCACACGCGAAAUAUUAAAACAGUUUUAUAGGAUGUCUCAUUAAGUCUCGUGUCUAACUUGGCUUGUGUUUCGUCAGAGAACAAUAAACAUCCCAUACCAUA